AUGAACGCGGAGAACGACGCCCGUCUUCAUGCGCGACAAGACUCGCUCGCAGACGAUAACCCUACCACCUUUGAUGACAGCGAAUCUGAGGAUGAGGACGACGGAAACGACUAUGAUUCCAAGACAUUCACUGUUCUUGUCCUCGGAAAGAGUGAUGUCGGAAAGUCUUCGCUCCUGUUCCAGUUUGCAAACAACUCCAACUACUUCCCAGCGCAGCACCAUCCCACCAUCCUCGACAAGUUCCAACUGCAACGAUACGUUGUGGGAGCGCUGCAACGCGUCACCUUUCUCGACUGGGGCGGGGAGGCAGACUACCCAACCAGCCGCCGCGAAGCAAUUGCGGAUGCGGAUGGCUUCGUCUUCGUUUACAGCAUCACGGACCGCUCCAGCUUGGAAGCCAUUUCCGAGCUUGUGGAGGAAGUGCGGGUUACAAAGGCAAAGGCGUACUUCCCGUGUGUUCUCGUCGCAAACAAGAGUGACUGCGACAAGCAGCGUGCAGUGCCAGACACCGAAGGCAAGAGUCUGGCCAAGUCGCUACAGUGCCCGUUCUUCAAGACUUCGGCAAAGACACACGACAACGUCGACAACACCUUUCAAACGGCACUCGAGCGCAUGGUGACAUUCACGCAGGCAGACUUCAGCGGGUAUCUCGUCAAGAAGGGCGGGGGUCGCUCUGCGUUUGGACGCAAGAACUGGAAGAAGCGGUGGUUCUGCCUGGAAGGGGCGUGCUUGACAUACAAGAAGUCGUACAAGUCCAAGAAGGUGCUGGGGCGAAUUGAGAUUCCCACCAUCAAGGCAGUCAUCGUCACCAACAACGACGACAACAAGUUUGAGAUUGUGUGCCCCACGCGUACGUUUAUCAUCCAUGCCAAGGAUGUGCACGUCAAGCGCGAGUGGGUCACCAAGCUGCAAACCCUCGUCGUCAACAAAUGA